AUGGUCAUUUCCAUUUCCCUUGUCCAUUUUGGCCAGGCACUCAGCUACCUAUCUACCCAAUUAAGCCUGGCACAGAUGACUGAAAAUAGCUAUAUUUUAGUGCAGAUUUGUAAUAGACCAGUAAAAAUGGGUUUGUUGUGCCGUUAUUACAGUCAAAAGUAUCCGGAAGUGGAGGAUGUUGUUAUGGUUAAUGUUCGUUCCAUUGCUGAAAUGGGAGCCUAUGUGCAUUUGCUAGAGUACAAUGAUAUUGAAGGCAUGAUUCUACUUAGUGAAUUAUCCAGGCGACGUAUUCGAUCUAUCAAUAAACUCAUCAGAGUUGGUCGCAAUGAGUGUGUUGUUGUCAUUCGGGUUGACAAAGAUAAAGGUUACAUUGAUUUGUCUAAAAGGAGAGUUUCUCCUGAAGAAGUUGCUAAAUGUGAAGAGAAGUAUGCUAAAGCCAAAACAGUGAAUAGCAUCCUCAGACAUGUUGGAGAGUUGCUUGGCUACAAACAUGAUGACCAAUUAACCGAACUCUACACAAAAACUGCUUGGUAUUUUGAUGAGAAAUUCAAGAAACCUGGUGCUUCUUAUGAUGCUUUUAAGCUUGCUGUCACAAACCCAGGUAUCUUGGAUGAAUGUGAUAUUGAUGAGCAGACAAAGACUGUUUUACUGGAUAACAUUCACCGACGACUGACACCCCAAGCUGUGAAAAUUAGAGCAGAUAUCGAGGUAGCUUGUUACAAAUAUGAAGGAGUUGAUGCUGUAAAAGCUGCCCUUAACAAAGGCCUGGAGCUUUCCACAGAAGAUAUGCCAAUUAAAAUUAACCUUAUUGCUCCUCCUCUGUAUGUGAUGACUACUCAAACGCUAGAAAGGUCAGAGGGUGUAGCAGCACUUGAAAAGGCUACUAAGAUAGUGAAGAAUGCCAUUGAAGAAAUGGGUGGAAUGUUCAACGUUCAAAUGCCACCCAAAGUGGUUUCUGACACUGAUGAACAGGAACUGGCCCGGCAGCUGGAACGUCUGGAGGAACAGAACAGAGAUGUUGCUGGUGAUGAAGAUUCUGAUGACUAUGGUAGUGUGAGUGGAGAUGAUGAGAUUCCCAAGAAAUGA